GUGGACUUCACAAGUGUUUUUGAAGUUAUUGGCUAUUCCAGGAGAAGUGUUUGUGCUUCCAGUGGGUUAGCAAGCUUAUUUAAAACCUUUUCAUCUUGGAAAAUGUGCUAAAAAUAACAAUAAUAAUAAUGGGGGCCCAAUGCAGUUCAAUAGCUAACUUGAGCAACAAUGAACAGUUGUUUCAAUUGUGUGGUUCGAUACCUUUGACAGCGAACGACCCAGCUUGGAACCAGCUAUUUUCUUUUAAUCUCCAGAUCCCGCUUUCCAACUCAGAGAAUCAUGAAUUUAUUGAAGCAACAGCCAACCUUUUUCAAGUUCUUGAAAGCAAUAAUCAAGCUACCAGAAACACAAGCUCUCUGUUGAGGGUGUUUCUUGCUAGAGCAACCGAGCUUAAAGCUUCUGCACAGUGUGAUAAUAGAAUUUUCAUAUGGCAAACUUGCAAUGCUCUUUUCAUUGUACGUUCCAUUUUCAGCCAUUGGAUUCGUUUAGAAAAAGAGGCUGUAUUGAUUAAAAAAUUUUCAUUUCAACAAGAAGAUAGCUGUGAGAGUUUGUUAGAAAACCUUGCUGUUCAACUUGUAGAAAUAUUGGUGGAUGUUCCUCUUAGGGAGGAAACUGCCCUUCUACACAGAGAAUGUAUUCAAACACUCAUGUUACUUCUCUUUGUGGCUGCUUCAUCAUACCUCACCAACAACAAGUCCAUUAUUUUCAAGUGUUUAAUGCAUGGGCCGGGAGCCUUGCACGCUGGUUUACUAACACGCACUUUGCUACAACAUUAUUGUCAGCAGCAACCAGUUCCUGUUCGGUGGCUCAGAAAACCUGAGCAGGGUGGCAGUAUUGUUCUUGGCCUAGCCACUGGACUCUGGAGUCUGUUGUCUCGCAGUAGUUCUUCGGCAGAACCAGUUGAUGCUCUGUCUGAUUUUGCUAACCAGUCCUUACUUUUACUGCUUGUCUUGACUAACCACUGCAGUAUGGAAAAGAAUUGGUCUAAUCCCUAUCGGCAAGCCCUGCUGUCUUUUACCGAUUCCCAAGAUCCCGUUCAGGUAUCUCCCGUCCAUCCGUCAGCUUGUUUUAGGUUGGACUAUUCGGUUUUGUAUUCAACGUUAUGCGAUCGUUUAGGGGACGAAAGAACAACUUUGUUGCUUUACAUGCUUCUUCAUCAGCAUCAACAAUUUCGCAACUAUGUUUAUACUCACGCUGAUAUUCAGAGAAUGGUUAUUGCCUUACUUCAAGAGCUAUUUAAGGGUGACGAUGAAGGAUCUCAUCAUCUUUACAUGUCCCUGAUUAUUCUUCUUUUGCUGAGCGAAGACGAAGGCUUCAAUUCUAAUAUCCAUAAUGUGAUCAUCCGAAAUCCUUUGUGGUACACGGACCGUGUACUGAAUGAGGUCAGCUUAGGUGGCUUAGCUGUAAUCGUCAUCACGCGGACUAUUCAGCGGAAUAUAGUGAAAGCUAGUGACAAAUAUUUACAUACCAAUUGUCUUGCUACGCUUGCUAAUAUGGCGGCGUAUUUCCGCCGGCUACAUCCUUACACAUGCGAAAGGCUAGUUUCACUUUUAUGUACCUUGAACAAACGAAGAAUCCGCGUUGUACAGCAGCUGAAAUCUAGCGACGUAGAAGGUGCAUCAAGGGAACAGCUGGAACAAGACCUUAGUAUUCUCGAGGAAGUACUACGAAUGCUGUUGGAGAUUCUGAAUGCUGCUUUCACCCAUCAACUAGGAUGUAAUCAAAAUCUGAUUUACAGCGUGUUACAUAAAAAAGAAGUUUUGGACGUACUAAGAAGACAUCCGGCAUUCCAAGACAUUGUUGCCAAUCUUGAUACUGUUUCCAACUAUUUCAGUAACAGAAUCAGUCAAUUAAGUGAACCGGGUGUGAAUGAAAUCCUCCACUCUAUACAAUUAGGUUGUGUUGAUUUUCCUAAGGAUCAACUCAAGAAAUUUCCAGAACUUAAGUUUCGCUAUGUGGAAGAAGAUCAGCCCGAAGAGUUUUUUAUUCCAUACGUUUGGUCCAUGGUUCAGUCAACUUCCGCCCUUUGCUGGAGCAAUGAUGAUAUGACCAUAGGGUCAGAGAACGAGGCGAAAUAGACAAGAUUCUGAAAGCUAAAACCAUAUACCUAUUGUUUGCUAAUGCCUUUUCGGUUAAAAGUUUUGUGCAAGAAGUUGUCUUACUUCGAAUAUGCAGUGCUCGAUUAGUGUCUGCGUACGUAUAAAUAUUUCUUUAAAAUUCA